AUGUCUGAAGCUCUCGAACGACGCCGGCAGAAGCAGGUCGCCGAGGAUAAUCAAGAUGAAGGGAUCGUCGCCAGCUUCAAUGACGAAGACCUGCCGCCCCUCGCGCCCUCCACCAACCCCCUCUUUCCCAAUGCUGUGGUGAAGAAGGCCACUGCGGCGCACCCCAAGGCUGGCACAUCCAGCGGCAAGAAGGAGUCGGGCGAUGGGCCGCAGGGUACGAGAAAGAGUGCAAGGAGGAGCACGUUGGGGCAGGCUGAUGAGAGCUUUGACCUGAACGAGUUCAGGGAGUCGCAAGAUAAUGAGCAAAGAGAACGAGGGCAUAGUGUGGCGGUGACGAGCGAGGGUGGGGACGAGAAGAUGGAUGAGGAAUGA